AUGAUUGUUCUUGCGCCCGUCGCAUGGCCGACCGCAAAGCUGCUCGACUACUGCUUGGGCGAAGAGCAUGGCACAACGUAUCGGAAAGCUGAACUAAAAACCUUUGUCUCUCUUCACCAACAGAUAGGCACUGAGAAUCUCAACGAUGAUGAGGUGACGAUUAUUCGUGCCGUGUUGGAUCUGAACGACAAGACUGUCGCAGAUGUCAUGACGCCCAUCGAGGAUGUCUACACACUGCCGGUCGAUCAUGUUUUGGAUGAGGAAGGCGUCAAUAAGCUGGUUGAGUCAGGCUAUUCGCGUGUUCCCAUUCAUGAAAAUGAUCGUCCAGAUGCAAUUCUCGGCAUGUUGCUUGUCAAACAACUCAUUCAGUAUGACCCGGAAGAUGCUUGGCCCAUCUCGCGAUUCCAUCUCACUCCCUUGCCAGAGACUUCGCCAGACCUCAACCUGCUGGAUGCCAUCAAUUACAUGCAGGUUGGCCGCUCGCAUAUGAUCCUCGUGUCCAGAAACCCUGGUGAGCCAUCGGGUGCCAUGGGUGUCGUUACUCUCGAAGACAUCAUCGAAGAGAUGAUCGGUGAGGAAAUCGUCGACGAGACAGACGUCUUUGUCGAUGUGCACAACAAAAUCAAAGUUGUGCGGACGCGCCCAUCUGGCGCAAAGCAAGAUCAAUGGCAACCACUGAUCCGCGGCAUCAUUGAGCGCCGUCGCAAGCACGGUGGGUCGAGACAGGCGCCACUACGUAAUAGCUUCGGCACCAUGGGCAGUCGGACACCGACUUUCCCACCAUCCCAGAAGUACGGUGUUGUGCAAUCCGGCAAGUCCCAUGAUAAGGUCUCUGUGAAGACGUAUGGGCAGUCGCGUGCGCAUGACUCACAACAUGACGCAACUUCUCAGAGAAAUACUGACAAGCCGCAAACACCUCACUCCAUGGCGUCGUCGCUGGUUUUCAGUGACUACGAAGGUCCUGAGCUGCUGAAUCUCUCAGAGUCCGAGCAUCUCGAAGAGUCUCCAGGCCCCUACAUUGUGGAAAAGGGUCGUGGGCCUAACGAAGAGCACCGUGUGAUUACAGUCGCAGAGCUUAAUGAAGAUACCGCACACGAUUUGCAUAACAAAGCGGUCCAACAGGCAGUGAGGCAGGCAAAGGAUCGCUCUCGCACUCAACAGACAUAA